AUGGCAGCGUGCAUCUUCUGCAAAAUCGUCAAAGGUGACAUCCCCUCCUUCAAGCUCUUCGAGUCCGACAAAGUCCUCGCCUUCCUCGACAUCCAGCCUCUGAGUAAAGGCCAUGCUCUCGUGAUCCCGAAACACCACGGCGCGAAACUGACCGACAUCCCGGACGACGCGCUGACGGAGAUCCUGCCGGUGGUGAAGAAACUCGCGGCCGCCAGCGGCGCCGAGGACUACAACGUUCUGCAGAACAAUGGGCGCAUCGCGCAUCAGGAGGUCGACCACGUGCAUUUCCACAUGAUUCCCAAACCGAAUGAGACCGAGGGCUUGGGUGUCGGGUGGCCGGCGGGCAAGACGGAUUUCGAGGCGCUCAAACAGUUGCAUGCCGAUCUGAAGGCGAAAUUUUGA